AUGUCCGCGCUUUCUCUUCGCCCACAGGCCUUGAGCUCCCUGGCGGUGCUCGUGAGCGCCCGCCCGGGCAACAUCGGCGGUGGCGGCGGCGGCGGUGGCGGCUUCGGCGGCGGCAGCGGCUUCGGGACGUCGGGCGGUGGCGGCAGCGGCUUCGGCCUGGACAGCUACGCGGCGCCCAUCAGCGGCGGCGGCGGCUCGGGCCCUUCGGGCAGCUACGGCGCCCCCGCCCCGCAGUACGGAGCCCCGGCGCAGGCCCCCGUCAUUCACAAGCACGUUUACGUGCACGUCCCGCCCCCGGAGCCCACCUACAAUGCGCCUAAGAAGGCCCUGCCUCCGCCGCCGCCCCCGCAGAAGCACUACAAGAUCGUGUUCAUCAAGGCGCCCACUCCCCCGCCGCCCACCGUGCCCGACAUUCCGCCCAUCGCCCCGCCCGCCGAGCAGAAGACGCUCAUCUACGUGUUGGUCAAGAAGCCCGAGGAGGCGCCCGAAAUCACCAUCCCCACGCCAGCGCCCACCAAGCCUUCCAAACCGGAGGUCUACUUCAUCCGCUACAAGACUCAGAAGCAGGAAGGAUACCCACCAUCUGGGCAGCCAAGUGGAGAAUAUGGUGCUCCCUCUGGGCCUGCGCCUUCUGCUCCUGGUUCCAGCUAUGGUGCCCCUGCUGCUCCUUCAGCGCCCUCCAGUCAAUAUGGCGCUCCUAGCGGAGGUGGCGGCUCUUACUAGAGUCCUCAGAUAUUUCAAACCUAAUCACUCGUUUGCCAAUAUGAUCGGUUUCAUCCACAUUCACUAGACUGAGUAGUUUGCUUAAAGGAAUUCAAAAAUUUUGCCAAACAUAAGAUAACACAAAGUAACAACGAAAUAAUCAGACUUAUUUGACCGACUACUCGAAGUGAUUCAGUUGUCAUGAAAUACCUAUUAAGACACAUUUGCUUAAGUCUAUGAUCAUUUUAAAAACUAAAUUUGAUUGUACUAAACGUCAUUUAAAACUACUGCUUUAGGAAAAAAUGAAUCACAAAUAUAAGAUAAAUGAAAGGCGACAAUUCAAAAGCUCAUUUCUCAUUGUACGAGUAUCAUUAAAUAUAGCUCUGUGAAGAAAAUAAUAUCAUAGAUCAGAAUUUGAAGUUUUAAGUAAAGUAAGGUAUACGUGUAUAGUUGUCUACCACAGAGAAACUCAAAACUCUGCAUAGACCAUAUGUUUCAAUGUAGAUGUACAUUCUACAUCUCAUUUUCACAUUCAUAAUGUGACCCUAGUUGAAAUAAAAUUGUAAUAUUUCACAAGAGGUAAAGCUAUAGAACAUAUCAAGAGACUUACCGAAAGUAGGCAAGAAAGUAGACCCAUUUUGGUGUCAACUGUACUGAACAGUUUUGUAUCAAAGAACAUUUUUAAAUAUGUAUUUUAUAAGUUUUGUAUUAAAUCAUACUUUUUUACAAAUAAAAUAAAAAUCAAUGCAUUUAUAUAAACA